UAAUAAUCUAAAACGUCAGACAUUUAAUAUUUUGACAUAAAAUAUUUUUACACUCAAAUCGGGGUUAGUUAAAAUGUUAAUAAUAUUAAAUUUAGCAGAUUUAAUAUCUAGAUAACAUUUAUAAAUAAUUAAAUAUUUAAAAAGUGAUGAUGAAUAAACAUAAAUAUAUUUAUUGAGUGGAUUAUUUAAUUGUCAUUGAGGCUAGAUUAUACUUGAGUACUUAAAUUAUUAAUCAUCAGUAUCAUCAUUGUCAAUCUUACAAAAGAACAAAAAGUUAUUAUACUGUUUAACAAUGGCUUGUUCAUUGUUAAAUCAAAAAAACAUUCAAAUUAAAAUACCCGGGUCCGAAACCAUAGACAAUGUUACAUUUUAUACAAUUAAUGUCAGUAUUGGUGACGUUAAUUGGACAUUAAAACACAGGUACAGUGAAUUUGUCGUUCUCCAUGAGAUAUUGGUGUCUGAACACUGUGUUGAAAAAGAUAUUCUGCCGCCAAAAAAAAUAAUAGGACGUAAAAAUGAAGCGUUUAUUGAUAAACGUCGACAAGCACUGGAAAAUUACUUGAAUACUAUUUAUAAUUACUUGAAAAAAACUAUGCCGCGUGAAUUUGUUGUCUUCUUGGAUCUUCAUGUCUAUGACAUUUUUUUUUUAUUACAAAAUAUGGCAUUGAAAUUUUUUAAUGAAGGUCCUAAUAUUUUACAAUUAAAAUCAUAUACAUUUUCACCUCUGCAGUUGUAUGCAAUAAGCGAAAGAUUAAAACAACCAUGUCCUGCAUCAGAAGUUGCCGACAAAAAGUACGAUUUCAGUCAUGUGCUUGAUGUUAACUCACAUUUAAAAACUUUGACAAUACAAGGCAGCAAUGAAUUAUACGGAACCAGUAAUAUAAACUUAUCAACUUUACCAAUAGAACUGUCAACAUUCAAAAAUAUAGAAACAUUGACAAUAAAUAAUUAUCCAGUUAAUAAAAUAUAUAUGAUGGGUAAUUUGCGUGACACUGUUCGUGAAUUGCAAGUGCACAAUACGCAGUUGAAAAAUAUUGUUGAUCUAGUAAUGUGCGAAGAGUUGCAUCGUUGUAUUGAAAAUGCAAAUGAUUCUCAUGUUUGGUUAAAAGUGAGUCAAUUAGAUUUGAGUGAUAAUAGUAUUGAAGUUAUCGACGAGUCAAUAAAAUUGAUGCCGCAUAUUGAAUCUCUUAUAUUAAAUAAUAAUUGUCUUACGGAAUUAUCAAAUAUAACAUUAUUACCUCGUUUAUCGCAAUUACACGUAGCGUCAAAUAAUUUUACAAAAUUACCAGAUAAUUUGCACACAAAACUUGGUAAUAUUGUUUAUAUGGAUUUAUCACAAAAUAAAUUGACUUCGUUGGCAUCGUUCGGCAAAUUAUAUUCAUUAGAAUGGUUAGAUGUUAGUUGUAAUUGUAUCGAAAAUAUUGAUGAAGUUAAAUAUAUCGGUCAUUUACCAUGCAUUGAAAAUUUACGCCUCACUGGUAAUCCAGUAUCAACAAUAAUUGAUUAUCGUGUUAAAGUACUGGAACCAUUUGGUAAACGUGCUGCUGAUAUUUGUCUUGAUAAUGAACGUCCUAAUCAAAAAGAACUCGAUACUGUUGCUGUUUUACAGGCACUUAGAAUAGCCAGAGAGGGUAAAUCUAUGACGUUCAAUAAUACUGAUUCGGCACUUUUUUCUGCUGAAAUUCCUAUUGCUUAAAACUAUAAUUACUAUUAUUAUUAUUACUAUUAUUUAAGGGUAUUCUUAGACAGUGCCCACUUUUUGAAAAUUUUCAAUGACAACUGUCAGUAGCGUAUUCAAAUUUUAUAAAUUAACUAAAAAAAAAAAUAUAAAAGCAUUAAAUGAAAGAAGGAUAGCGUAGUUGCAAUUUUGUUGAUAUAGGCUUAAAAAGAAAUUACAGUUGAAUCAAUUGGGAGUUGAUCGAAAUUUGGGAAAUAAAUUUCAGUAAAAUCUUUAUGUCAAUUUUAUAAUUUUAAUUUUCAAAUUUUGUAGGCUAAAAUUUAUUGAACAAAUUUCGUUUAACUCCUAAUUGAUAACGACUGUAAAUAAAUUUUUAAAAAUUCUAUAUCUAGGUGAAGUUGCAACUGCGUUGUCCUUUUAUCAAUUAAGUUUUUAAUUUUUUAAAUUAAUUAGUAAAAUUUUAAUACCGUUAUGACAGAGUUAUUGCAUAUUUUUAAAAAGUGAGGAUUACUGUCUGAAAAUGGCUUUAAUUGAAAAAGGACAACGUAGUUUCAAUUUCGCAAAGAUUUAGAUUUGAAAAAAAAAUUGAUUAAGUUAUCAAUUAGGGGUCAAAUAAAAUUUGGUAUUUAAUUUUUAGUCUACAAAAUUAAAAAAUUCAAAAUUAUGAUAUUGUUAUUGAUAUUUUGCUAAGAUUUAUUUAACUUUUAAUUGGUAAGAACUGUAAGUAAUUUUUUUUUUUUAAUAAUUGAUAAAAUUUCAAUACAGUUCUGACAGUUGUAAGUCAUUGAAUAUUUUUUAAAAUUGGAGGAGGGGAUAUCAUCUGAGAAUUCCCGAAAAAAAUAUAUUUUUUUAGUAUAUAUUAUAUAUGAUUUUUAUACGAUAUAGUUACCAAAAAUAUAUUUAAUAAGAAUUUUUUUUUUUUUAUAUUUUCCGAGUGAUCAUCUUAUAUCAUUUAAUAAAUAAUUAAUUAUUGUGCAUAUUCUUGUAGAAAUUUUUAUUUUUCAUAAGAAUAUGUAUAUAUUUUGAUAUUUUUUAAAAGAACAAAAAAAAAUAUUUUAUGACAGUAAAAAUGAAUUUUGAAUGUGAUCCUGAAAUUUAAUUUUUAUAUAAUAAUCUUACGAUACACUUUUCUCUAAAGCUACUACGGAUCACUAAACUUUUUUUUUUUUAAUUCUAGAUCAAAAAAAUAACAUAUAUUUAAAAAAAUUUUCAAUUUUUUUUGUCAUAAAAAACCAUAAAAGUUAAUUAUCUUUGAUAAAUAUUUUGAACACUAAAAGUGUAGCUGUUAAUCAUGAU